AGGCCUUAAUAGCAUAAUAUGGAAACUUGGAGGGACUAAAAAUAGGUUUGACUUUCUGCCGACAGCAGUUCGAUAGAGGCUGUCUCUCUCUCUCUCUCUCUCGAGUUCUACAGAACUUUUCUCUUGAUAGAUUGGUUUGGUGGUGAGCAGUUUUAAUCGAAGAGAGAGAUGACUUCAAAUCUAGAAGUAGUUCAUCCAUUUGAGGAGGUUGCAAAGCACAACCAUAAAGGGGAUUGUUGGCUUAUCAUCUCUGGAAAGGUGUAUGACGUAACCUCAUUCUUGGAUGAUCAUCCUGGAGGAGAUGAAGUCUUGAUAACAGCAACUGGGAAAGAUGCAACAGAUGAUUUUGAAGAUGUGGGCCACAGUGAUUCUGCAAGAGAGAUGAUGAGCAAGUACUUGGUUGGUGAGGUUGAUAGCUCCACUAUUCCGGCAAGAGAGUAUUACAAACUACCUUCAAAAGCAUCGUCCGCUUCUAACCAGUCUCCUGGAAUCCUGGCUAAGAUACUGCAAUUUUUGGUACCCCUGUUGAUCGUGGGAUUAGCAUUUGCUUUGCGACAAUUUACCAAAAAAGACCAGUGAGUUAAGUUGGUCACUUGUGUUGUUUGGGCUUUGGACCAAAAUGCAUUUUGUGUGAUAACUAUUGUUGCUAUCCAUGAAGUGGUAUUGUGUCUUAUGAAAACUUCAUUGUGUGCCUUCCCUGUCCUAUAUCCAGUUGCUGGUGCAGUUGUGAUUUUGGAAUUUAUUACUACUUGUGUCCGGAUUCUUAUAUUUGUGUUGUCUUGAAUGAAACGUUCUCGUAGCAUGCAUAUGCAAA